AUGUCCCUUUGUGCCUCUCCUCACAAAGAGUUUCCUCAGCUGUUACCUAUUCAAGACAUGGAUAUCAAAAACUCACCAUCUAGCCUUAACUCUCCAGCUUCCUACAACUGCAGUCAAUCUGUCCUACCCCUGGAGCAUGGCCCCAUAUGUAUACCUUCCUCCUAUGUUGAGAGCCGCCAUGAAUAUUCCACCAUGACGUUCUACAGCCCUGCUGUGAUGAAUUACAGCAUUCCCAGCAGUGCCGGUAACUCAGAAGGUGGACCCGGUCGACAGACCACAAGCCCGAAUGUGCUGUGGCCAACUCCUGAACACCUCUCUCCCUUAGCGAUCCAUUGCCAGUCGUCACUUCUGUAUGCAGAACCUCAAAAGAGUCCUUGGUGUGAAGCAAGAUCACUAGAACCCACCUUACCUGUAAACAGAGAGACACUGAAAAGGAAAGUUAGUGGGAGCAGUGGUGCCAGCCCUGUUACUAGUCCAAGUUCAAAGAGGGAUGCUCACUUCUGUGCGGUCUGCAGCGAUUACGCAUCUGGAUAUCACUAUGGAGUCUGGUCGUGUGAAGGAUGUAAGGCCUUUUUUAAAAGAAGCAUUCAAGGACAUAAUGAUUACAUUUGCCCAGCUACAAACCAGUGUACAAUAGAUAAGAAUCGGCGCAAGAGCUGCCAGGCCUGCCGGCUCCGGAAGUGCUAUGAAGUGGGGAUGGUGAAGUGCGGCUCCCGGAGAGAAAGGUGUGGGUACCGUGUUAUGCGAAGGCAGAAAAGUUCCGAUGAGCAGCUGCACUGUCUGAGCAAAGCCAAGAAAAAUGGCGGACAUGUGACCCGAGUGAAGGAGCUGCUGCUGAGCGCCCUGAGCCCGGAGCAGCUGGUGCUCACUCUCCUGGAGGCAGAGCCGCCCCAUGUGCUCGUGAGCCGCCCCAGCACACCCUUCACUGAGGCCUCCAUGAUGAUGUCACUGACCAAGCUGGCCGACAAGGAGCUGGUGCACAUGAUUGGCUGGGCCAAGAAAAUUCCAGGCUUUGUGGAGCUCAGCCUCUAUGACCAAGUGCGCCUCCUGGAGAGCUGCUGGAUGGAGGUCCUAAUGGUGGGGCUGAUGUGGCGCUCCAUUGACCACCCGGGCAAGCUCAUCUUUGCCCCCGACCUCGUUCUGGACAGGGAUGAGGGGAAAUGCGUAGAAGGAAUUCUGGAAAUCUUCGACAUGCUCUUGGCAACAACUUCAAGGUUCCGUGAGUUAAAACUCCAACACAAAGAGUAUCUCUGUGUCAAGGCCAUGGUCCUCCUCAACUCCAGUAUGUACCCUUUGGCCGCAGCAAGCCAGGAGGCUGAGAGCAGCCGGAAGCUGACUCACCUGCUGAACGCGGUGACCGACGCUCUGGUCUGGGUGAUUGCCAAGAGCGGGAUUCCCUCCCAGCAGCAGCCCGUGCGCCUGGCUAACCUCCUGAUGCUCCUCUCUCACGUUCGACACGCCAGUAACAAGGGCAUGGAACACCUGCUCAACAUGAAAUGCAAAAACGUGGUCCCAGUCUACGACCUGCUGCUGGAGAUGCUGAAUGCCCACACGCUUCGCGGGCACAAGUCCUCGCUUGCUAGGGCCGAGUGCAGCACAGCAGAGGAGAGUAAGAGCAGGGAGGGCUCCCAGAAGCACCCGUCCCAGUGA